GCGCCUCAAAUUUGAGCAUCAUUUGUCUUCUAACCAUUAGUAGAAUAUUGUUUCAAUAGACUCAUCACUAGAAGAUCCAGGAUUCAUGGCAAAUUCAAGAGGUAGUAUUCAGGCCAGAUUAGCCUGGUUGCUCCAGUUCUUUUGUUUAAUAUUCAUUUCAACAACGGCGCAAGCCGUAUCACUGGAUCUACACGUCCUCAGUGCCUGCCAGCAAUUUAAAUCACUGUACGGCAACCUCACCUUCCUCGCCAACCAGACUCAAUAUACAGCUCUUGCAGAUGAGAACUGGUCACAAACAGCUUGGGCAGAUCCCUCCUGCAUCUUGCAACCGGCGAAUACGCCCCAAGUGCAAAACAUUCUCCGUCUUUUAACAGCGCAACAGAUACCCUUUGCGAUUCGCUCAGGUGGACAUUUGCCCUCGCCGCUGGGCGCCAAUAUCAAUCGUGGGGUGCUGAUUGACCUCUCCUUGUUGAAAACGCUGGAUUAUGAUGCAGCCAAUGAGGUUGUGUCUAUCGGGAGUGGACUACGCUGGCAGGCAGUGUAUGAGGGAUUGGCACCGUACGAACGAACCGCCGUGGGAGGCCGUCUUCUAGACGUGGGCGUAGGAGGUCUGUUGCUGGGCAGUGGACUCUCAUAUCUCUCCGACCUCUAUGGCCUGGCUUGUGACAAUGUCGUGAAUUUCGAAGUAGUGCUUGCUAGCGGCGAGAUGGUCAAUGCCAAUGCCACGUCAAACUCGGACCUGUUUUGGGCCUUGAAAGGGGGUGCUAAUAACUUCGGUAUUGUCACUACCUUCACGGUACGCACCUAUCCUAUCGGCAAUGUCUGGGGCGGCAUAAAAGCGUAUGAUCUUGAAUAUCUUCCUGACGUACUGGCCGCUCUCAACACCUACCAAUCGGUCGAAAAUAAAGACCCGUACGCCAACCUAAUGGUACAAGCAGCCACUACAAACAGCAGCAUCGGAGUGUUGCUAAAUCUUGUGUACUUAAAACCUAUGGCAAAUCCCGCUGCCUUCGACCCCUUUUAUGGAAUCCCUACACUAGAAGACACGACUGUCAUUCAGUCUUUUGUUGAUUUCAUGUCGGAGGCUGUCAUGCCUGAUAUACCACGAUGGGAUUGGCACGCAACGAGUUUUAAACCAACGGCAUCCCUCUACUCCCAAAUUGCCGACAUAGUAACCACUGCCCCAGAGAUCAACGAGCUCAUAUCCGUCAAUACCGCCACUCUAGUCGUCGGCAUACAACCCAUAUCCACCAGUCUCAUAGCUGCAGGUCACGCGGCAGGCAGCAACGCUCUCGGCCUAGAGGCAGUCAACCAGACAUGGCUGGUGCUGGAUAUUGGUUGGGAGAAGUCGACAGACGAUACAAAGGCGCACAAUUUGACGAGAUCGCUAAAGAACCGUAUUGAAAAGGCGUCCGUGGACGCUGGGCAGUAUGUAGAGUAUAUCUUCAUGAAUGACGCGAGCUGGGACCAGGAAGUUAUUGCGCAUUAUGGUGAUGAGAGUGUUGACCGAUUGAAGGCCGUAAGGGAUAAAUAUGACUCUACUGAGAUAUUUCAAAGAUUGGUGAAGGGGGGAUUUAAGUUGGGGUAGCGGACAGAUAUUCAAUUCACCUAUUUUACGUCGUUUUUCGUCGAAUCGGAACGGUGGUGUUGCUGUCUUUGCAAGGCCAAGCUGUGGAUAUUUUCAAUAGA